AACUGCGUUGCCGCGUGCCGCUACCGCGUCCUGUGUGCAGGAGCCCUUAGUUUCUCUUCAUUAAUGAAUAUUAACGAGAAGGUUUUGCUGUUCCUAAAACGUUAUUUAUAUUUUUGUACUCCUUGUUGUUCCUCGUUUCACAUUUUGUUCAUUUAUUUUACUGUUUUUCGAAUGUAUGGUUUAUGUUGCAUAUAUUUUCAUUUUUGUUUUUACACAGAAUAUCAAUCGAGUGAGGUAAUCUGAUAAUCUGCACUGUUUUGUGUUGAUAUAAAUUUUAAUAGUACAAACUAUUGUGUUCGGUUUUUAUUACCAGUGUCCUCUACAUUUGUCAGAGCACAUUUAGUCAUAAGAAUAAAAGUUCCUAUAACUUUUAACAAUGGCUGAUAGAUGGAGAAAUAACAGAAUGCCAAGACGAUCUGAUCAUUAUAAUAACAGAGGAGAAAACAGAUGGGAAAGAGAUAAUCAAUCCCAGAGAUCCUAUAAUAGAUCAAACUAUCAAGAGGAUCAAUCCCAGAGAUCCUAUAAUAGAUCAAACUAUCAAGAGGAUCAAUCCCAGAGAUCCUAUGAUAGAUCAAACUAUCAGGAUGAUCAAUCCCAGAGAUCCUAUGAUAGAUCAAACUAUCAAGGGGAUAAAUCCCAGAGAUCCUAUGAUAGAUCGAACUAUCUAGACAAUCAAUCCCAGAGAUCCUAUAACAGAUCAAACCGUCAAGAGGAUUGGAAUAAUGAGUCGAAUAAACAAAGUUACAGUGAUGUUUCCAAUAACAGUACUCAUUUAAGUGAUACAGAUGAAUUUGUCAUGUACAUUGAGUUCAAUGAUAUUGGAAGACUUAUAGGAAAGGGUGGCAUUAAAAUCAGAGCUCUGCAAGAUGAAAGCAACGCUAAAAUCAAUAUCGACAGGCAGUCUGUCAAUUCUGAAGGACAGACCGCUGUGCGACUGAUUGGUACACGUGAAGCACAACAACAAGCUAAGAGUUUGAUAGAAGAAUUAUUCACUGAUAAAAAUAAUGCGCCCCAAGUAAUAAAAUGUACCAAAGUAACAAAAUGUGCCAAAAAAAUGGAAGAUGAGUCUGCAAGUAAACCAGAAAAUGAAGAAAUUGAUUUUAGUACAUUUGAUUGGACCAAAGUUAAUGAAGACUAUGAAAAGCAACAAAAGGAAAGAUGGGCAGCCUUGCCUCCCAUGAUAAAGAAUUUUUACAAGGAAGAUCCAGCUGUGGCUAGUAUGUCAAAAGAAAGAGUAGCGGCUAUCAGGAGAAGUAAUAAUAACAUAGAAGUUAAACAUGUUUUUGACAAUGAGGAAACUUCUGAGCUGACAAUACCAAAUCCUGUUGAAACGUUUGAACAAGCUUUCAAAGACUAUCCGGAUAUUCUUCAAGAAAUACAAAAACAAGGAUUCACAAAUCCAAGUCCUAUACAGUGCCAAGCGUGGCCUAUUCUGUUAAGUGGUCAAGAUCUCAUUGGGAUUGCGCAAACUGGAACAGGAAAAACUCUGGCCUUUUUACUGCCCGCUCUAAUUCAUAUUGAUGGACAAGUAAUCCCACGUGAGGAGCGUCCCGGGCCAAAUGUUCUUGUUAUGGCGCCCACGAGAGAAUUGGCAUUACAAAUUGAAAAAGAAGUAGCAAAAUAUUCCUAUCACGGUAUUAAGGCGGUGUGCGUCUACGGUGGUGGAAGUCGCAAAGCACAAAUUGAUAUUGUAACGAAAGGUGUGCAAAUAGUAAUUGCAACUCCUGGAAGGUUAAACGAUUUGGUACAAGCAAACAUAUUGAACGUAACAGGUGUCACAUAUCUGAUACUUGAUGAAGCAGAUCGCAUGUUAGACAUGGGGUUUGAACCACAAAUUCGUAAGACUUUGCUAGGUGUAAGACCGGAUCGACAAACUGUUAUGACAAGUGCUACAUGGCCUCAAGGUGUGAGACGCCUAGCUCAGUCCUAUAUGAAAAAUCCACUUCAAGUGUUUGUUGGGUCAUUGGAUUUAGCAGCUGUCCAUACCGUCUUGCAGAGGAUUUAUCUAAUUGAUGAAGACGAAAAAACGGAUAUGAUGCACCAAUUCUUUCGCGAAAUGGGCCCUCAGGACAAAGUGAUAAUAUUUUUUGGUAAAAAGGCAAAAGUGGACGACGUUUCUAGUGACUUAGCUAUAGCGAAUAUCGAUUGCCAAAGUAUUCAUGGUGACAGAGAACAGCAAGACAGGGAACAAGCUUUAGAAGAUUUGAAGACUGGAACUGUCCAAAUUCUUCUCGCAACCGAUGUGGCUAGUCGAGGAAUUGACAUUGAAGACAUUACACACGUAUUGAAUUACGAUUUCCCACGGGAUAUUGAAGAAUAUGUUCAUAGAGUUGGACGUACUGGACGCGCAGGUCGUACAGGCGAAAGUAUCACUUUCAUGACAAGAAAAGACUGGUCUCACGCUAAACAACUCAUUAAUAUUCUCGAAGAGGCUAGCCAGGAAAUACCCGAGGAGUUAUAUAAAAUGGCUGAAAGAUAUGACGCAUGGAAAGAGAAAAAGGGCUCCGACCGAUUUGAUGGACGAAGUAAUAGAAGAAGUUACGGAAGUACGGAUAACAGCAAACGUAACAGCAACCGUUGGUGAUCUCAUUAAUUAAUGAUAAAAAUAUUGCCUUUACAUGUAUACAUAUGUAUAUGCAUUUGUAUAUAUAUACAUGCAAUAUUCAUAUACAUAUUUUCAAGUUAAUUAACAUUAAGAUAAAAAACAGUUUCACAGGAAUACUUAAUGUAUUGUGAUAAUAUUUUUAGUUAGUUUACGUAACACUGUAAAGUGCUAUCGUAAACAUCUUCAGAAGAAAGAUUAAAAGUUUGGUUUAUUUUCAUGCCCGAAUUGAUUAUAUGAUUUAAAGUCUGAAAUAAUGCAGUAUUUUUUACUAAGAUGUUAAUUUACAACUAUGCACUAUGCACGUUAUCUCAUUUUUUUAGUUUAAAUUAUUAUAGUUACCAAAUGGCGAAAUAUAAUUUGUAACUUUUAUAGCUGUAGUUUAUAGCUUACAAUAUAGCAUAAGAAUAUUUUUUUUAUUUCUCUUUCAUCUAAAUAUUAUGCAUUCAGCAUUAUUGAGUAAUGUUAGUAAUACAGAUUCGUUGGAGCAAAAAUAAAAUUUUCCAAUUGCAUUGUUU